AAAAACCAAUAUUAUUUUCUCCAAUGGGUCUCACAGAGAAUUUUUCAGCAACUUCUCUGUCUACUGGAAACCCAUGUUUAGAUUUCUUCUUUCACGUUGUCCCUAACACCCCACCUCAAGAAUUAUUGAAAAGAUUGGAACUUUCUUGGAAACGUGAUGCUUUGACAACCCUUAAGCUUAUUUGCAAUUUAAGGGGUGUUAGAGGCACUGGCAAAUCAGACAAAGAAGGGUUUUAUACUGCUUCUUUAUGGCUUCACAAUUACCAUCCUAAAACCCUAGCAUGCAAUAUUAAAGCCAUUGCCGAUUUCGGGUAUUUUAAGGAUGUGUUGGAGAUUUUGUAUAGAAUUCUUGAGGGUCAUGAAGGUAGAAAGAAUGAAAAAGCAGAGUGGAUGGAAAAGAAAAGAAUUGGUUUUUUGGAGGGUUUAAAGGAGAAAAAAGAUAGGGUUCCUAAGGGAAAGGACCAAAGAAUUCGACUGAAAAAGACUAUGGCUAAGGCAAAGAAAUAAUUGGACAGAUGCACAC